AUGGAGGGCUACUCGAGUCAAGGAAUUGCGGAGUACGGCCUAGGUAUGGGCGAGGCCUCCCCAACAGGCCUUGCAGACGACAGCGAUGUGCUGCAACCAGGGAGUCGGCUCCCGCAGGAGGAAGAAGACGCUCAGCAGCAGGAAAUCGACUCAGAAGACACCUGGGCAGUAGUGGGAUCUUUUUUCGAGGGCAAGGGGCUUGUCUCACAGCAAGUAGAGAGCUUCAAUGACUUUGCAAGCUACAAGCUUCAGGAGAUCAUCGAUGCUCAUCCCCCCAUCGAAAUCAGGCCCUCUCCACAGUAUCGGCCGGAGGAAGAUGUUGAACUGGACGUUCGAUAUCGUCUGAAGUUUGGCCAGCUUUCGCUGAACCGCCCAGCAGCGCAGGAGAAGGAAGGCUUGCAGAAGAAUCUGUGGCCGCAGGAGUCCAGGACUCGCAAUCUUACGUACAGCAGUUCCCUCUUUGUUUCUAUUGAUCAAACGACGUACAAGAUCGACCCAAUCACCAAUGAGGAGAUCGUAGAGGAGCGUCACUCGUAUGAGCGCGUCUGCUUGGGCCGGUUGCCCAUCAUGCUCAAGUCCUUUUAUUGCUGGACGCAUGACAUCGCGGCCGAGCAGCUGCCGGAUGUCGGAGAGUGCAGCUACGAUCAGGGGGGCUACUUUAUUAUCAACGGCAGUGAAAAGGUCCUGGUGGCGCAGGAGCGCAUGGCUUCGAACUUCGUCUACGUUUUCAAGAAGGCGCAGCCUUCGAAAUUCUCGUGGGUAGCUGAGGUCCGAAGUCAGAUGCAGGGCAACCAGGCAACAAGCGGGUUCGCAGUGAAGAAGCGGACCAUGACGGGCGAUACUGGGAGGGGGAAAGGAUCGGGGCAGCUUGUCGCAGCCCUUCCAUACAUUCGGACCGACAUUCCUAUUGCCAUUCUCUUCCGGGCACUUGGCUGCGUGAGCGACUUGGAUAUUCUUUUGCGGGUUGCCUACGAUACGCGGGACGAGCAGCUAUGUGCGCUCUUGAAGCCUUCGUUAGAAGAGGGUUUCGAGUUUCAUACGCAGGAGGCGUGCCUGGAUUUUAUUGGCAAGAGGGGGCCAACGGUAGGGGCUCAGCGGGAGAGUCGCCUGCAGUACGCUCGCGAGCUGCUGCGAAAGGAAGUGCUGCCGCACGUGGGUACUGAGCCAGGGUGCGAAGGUAAAAAGGCGUAUUUUGUAGGCUACAUGGUACAUCGGCUGCUGCUGGCAGAGCUUGGGAGGAUCAACCAAGACGAUAGGGAUCACUUUGGGAAAAAGCGGCUAGACCUCAGCGGCCCGCUGAUGGCUGCAUCUUUCGGAACUCUUUUUAGAAAGCUUGUGAAGGAUGUCACGCGGAUUUUGCAAAGGCAGAUCGACCACGGAAAGACAUUUGACGUCGCCGGCGCCGUGCGGAGCGCCAGCCCUAUUACACAGGGGCUGCAGUAUCAGCUGGCCACGGGCAACUGGGGGCGUGAUCGCGAGGGAAAAGUCGUGCGGACGGGAGUAUCGCAGGUUCUGAACAGGCUGACAUUUUCCUCGGCUCUUUCACACCUAAGGCGGCUCAACACACCCCUGGGCAGAGAAGGCAAAAUGGCGAAGCCCAGGCAACUCCACAACACCCACUGGGGUAUGAUCUGCCCUGCCGAGACACCCGAGGGUCAAGCUGUUGGACUCGUGAAAAACCUGGCACUCAUGGCAAAGAUUUCCGUCGGCGCGCCAACCAAGGCGAUCCGCGAAUUCUUAGAAGACUGGGGUCUAGACGGGCUAGACGAGAUUUCGCCUGAAAGUAUCAAGGACCGCUGCAAAGUAUUUAUCAAUGGAGACUGGGCAGGCUGCUUCGAUGAGGCAGAGACACUCUGCCACACGCUCAAGGAGAUCCGCAGGAAGGGCCAUAUCCGCAACGACACGUCAAUCGUCAGAGACAUCAUUAACCGGGAAGUCAAAAUUUUCACGGAUGCUGGAAGAGCCAUGAGGCCUCUUUAUGUCGUCGACAGCGACACUGGCCAGCUGCGAAUUCGAAAGUCAGAUGUGAACAAAGUGCGGGAUAUGGCUGGCGUUGCGGAGAGGGGCGCUGGCUGGAACUAUCUGAUGGCCAGCGGAGUGAUUGAGUACAUCGACUGUGAAGAAGAGGAAACGUCGAUGGUAGCCAUGUUUCAUAAGGACUUAGUAGAGAGGGGAAAGUCUGUUCCGUACACGCAUUGCGAAAUCCACCCCUCAUUAAUCCUUGGAGUUUGUGCUUCUAUCAUCCCGUUUCCCGACCACAAUCAGUCGCCGCGAAAUGUGUAUCAGAGCGCCAUGGGGAAACAAGCCAUGGGCGUGUAUACAACAAAUUUCAAUCUUCGCCUUGACACCUUGGCGCACUUGCUAUAUUACCCCCAGAAGCCGCUCGUCUGCACGCGUGCAAUGGAACACUUAAAGUUCAGGGAACUCCCAGCGGGCAUCAAUACCAUCGUUGCAAUUCUCUGCUACUCGGGGUACAACCAGGAAGACUCCCUUAUCAUGAAUCGCAGCAGCAUUGACAGAGGCAUCUUCCGCAGCCUUUUCUGCCGUACUUACUGUGCCGAAGAGAAACAGCAGGGAUCUCUCGUGGUGGAGGGAUUUGAACAGCCAAAUCCAGAAACUACCUCGGGCAUGAAGCGUGGAGACUACUCCAAACUUGACACGGAUGGCCUUGUCGAACCAGGAUCUAGGGUUUUAGGUGACGAUGUCAUAAUCGGGAAAACAUCCCCCAAUUUCGACGAUCUAGACCCUUUGGCACCGCCUGGAGCGGAGGCCCUCCUGUCGAAAACCAAAAAGGACUGCUCUCUUUGCUUAAGGUCUUCGGAAAGCGGUGUGGUCGACACUGUCAUGCUGAGCGUCAACUCCAAGGGUUCGCGCUUCGUAAAGGUGAAAGUGAGAAGCGUCCGCAUCCCGCAGACAGGCGACAAAUUUGCGAGUCGCCACGGACAGAAAGGCACCAUCGGUAUCGCGUACAGGCAAGAAGAUAUGCCGUUUACAGAGGACGGCGUUGUUCCCGAUUUGCUCAUGAACCCCCACGCCGUUCCCUCCCGCAUGACUAUUGGUCACCUUGUCGAGUGCCUGUUGGGGAAAACGGCGGCAAUUAUCGGGGGGGAGGGGGAUGCCACGCCUUUCAACGAUUACACCGUCACAUGGAUUGCUGGCGAGUUGCACCGCCUGGGUUUCGAGCGCCACGGGAAUGAGCGACUAUACCACGGUCACACGGGCCUUCAUAUGCCCUCCUUAGUAUUCAUUGGACCGACAUAUUACCAGAGACUGAAGCACAUGGUGGAUGAUAAAAUACACGCAAGGGCACGGGGACCCGUGGCAGCACUGACACGGCAGCCCAUGGAAGGAAAAAGCAGAGAGGGUGGCCUCCGAUUUGGCGAAAUGGAGCGCGACUGCAUGAUAUCCCACGGCGCGGCGCGAAUGUUGAAGGAGAGGCUCUUUGAUCAAAGCGAUGCGUACAGAAUCCACUGCUGCGAUGUAUGCGGCACAAUGUGCGUUGCAGACCUGCAGCGGCUUGCCUUUGAGUGCAAGCUCUGCGGGAACAGCAACAAAAUAUCUCAAGUGUACAUCCCGUACGCUUGCAAGCUCCUCUUGCAGGAGCUCAUCGCUAUGUGCAUAUACCCCAAACUGGUUUUGCAGGUGGCGUGA